GAAAGUGUGGGCUGACAAGAGAGAGAGAGAGAAGAAAAAAGAAAAGAGAAAAGUUCGUUUCUAGACGUUAUCGGACUCCAAAUCCAAAUUCCACCGGAUUUUGGGAACCGGGUUCAUGUCCGGUCUUUAGGGUUUUUAGAUUCUCUUAAAAAGUUCUGAAAUUUAACAGUUUCCUCGUAAUUCAAGACUUUUUUCGUCCUUUUCACUAUAAUCUCUGGUCUUGUGUUCAAAGUCUGGAUUUUUAUUAUCAGGGAAUUGAAGGGAGGGGUUCAAUUUGGGAAGUCUUUUUUAGGGCUUUUCUUAUGAGGUUGAGUCUGGGAUCCAUAGAUUUGGGGAUCAUUGAGUGGCAAUUCUGGAGCAUGUUAUGAUGUUUACUCCUCAAAGAAAAGUGUGGUCCGGCUGGUCUCUCACGCCACGGAGUGAGAAGACUGGUUCUGGGUCGGAUUCAAAAAUGAAUGGGUUAAAUAAUGUAAAUUCUGGAGAUGCAAGUGUUCUGAAGGGAAAGAGUGUGGCUUUUGCUGAACCUGUGACUCCUAACGGCGUGGGACUCGCUUUGGAUGGUGAUGAUGUUGGCUUGGUGGAGAAAAUAUCAAAGCUCGAAAACGAGCUGUUUGACUACCAAUACAAUAUGGGGAUUCUCUUGAUUGAGAAGAAAGAAUGGACUUCUAAGUAUGAAGAACUCAAGCAAGCAAUUAGAGAAGCUACAGAUGCACUAAAACGAGAACAAGCAGCACAUUUGAUUGCAAUCUCUGAUGCUGAGAGGCGAGAGGAGAAUCUGAGAAAGGCCUUGGGUGUGGAGAAACAGUGUGUGCUUGAUUUGGAGAAGGCAGUGCGUGAGAUGCGUUCUGAAAAUGCAGAACUCAAGUUUACUGCUGAUUCAAAGUUGGCUGAAGCAAAUGCCUUGAUCAUUAGUGUUGAAGAAAAAUCUUUAGAAGUAGAGUCAAAAUUGCAUGCUGCUGAUGCCAAGCUUGCUGAAGUGAGUAGGAAGAGUUCAGAGAUUGAUAGGAAAUCACAGGAUGUGGAAUCUCGAGAAAGUGCCCUUCGGAGGGAGCGCAUUUCCUUCAUUGCAGAGAAAGAAGCACAUGAGUCCACUUUGUCCAGGCAAAGGGAGGACUUGCGAGAAUGGGAACGGAAAUUACAAGAGGGAGAAGAAAGGAUAUCUAAAGGUCAAAGGAUAAUCAACCAGAGAGAGGAAAGGGCAAACGAGAAUGAUAGAAUUCUUAAGCAAAAAGAAAAGGACCUUGAAGAGGCGCAAAAGAAGAUCGACGAAGCAGAAGUAGUCUUGAAAAAUAAAGAAGAUGAAAUGACCAUCCGGCUGGCUAAUUUGACUCUUAAAGAAAAGGAAUUUGAUGCUACAGGAAAGAAAUUAGAGAUGAAAGAGGAAAAAUUACGUUCGCUUGAAGAAAGCCUGAAUGAUAGAGAAAAAGUUGAGAUCCAGAAGCUCAUUGAUGAACACACUGCUAUUUUGGAAGUUAAAAAGCGUGAGUUUGAAUUGGAAGCUGAUCAGAAGAGGAAAUCUCUCGACGAGGAACUGAAAAACAAGGUGAAUGAAGUGGAGAAGAAAGAAGCUGAAAUCAAGCAUAUGGAGGACAAAGUUUUAAAAAGAGAGCAGGCAUUAGAUAAAAAAUUGGAUAAGCUUAAGGAGAAAGAGAAAGAAUUUGAGUCGAAAUCAAAAGCCCUGAAGGAAAAGGAGAAGACCAUCAAAUCUGAGGAAAAGAACUUGGAAAAUGAGAAACGCCAAUUGAACUCUGAUAAAGAGAAUUUUCUGAAUCUCAAGGCUGAACUCGAGAAGAUAAGAGCUGCAAAUGAAGAACAGCUGCUGAAAAUUCGUGAGGAGAAGGAUCAGCUCAAAGUAAAUGAAGAAGAGAGGGUUGAGUAUGUUCGCUUGCAAUCUGAACUGAAAGAGGAGAUAGAGAAGUGCAGGCUUCAAGAACAGCUCUUUCUGAAAGAGGUUGAAGAUUUAAAACAGCAAAAGGAGAACUUUGAGAGAGAGUGGGAUGAUCUUGAUGAGAAAAGGGUUGAGAUUGAGAAACAAUUGAAGAGCAUUAGUGAACAAAGGGAGAAGUUUGAAAAGCAGAAAGCCUCAGAAGAAGAAAGAAUAAAGCAUGAAAAGCAGAAUGUGGAGGACUAUGUUAUAAGGGAGAGGGAAGCUCUUGAAAUUGCCAAAGAAUCUUUUGAGGCCAAUAUGGAGCAUGAGCGCUCUGCACUUGCUGAGAAAGCUCUAAGUGAGAGACAACAAAUGCUGCAUGAAUUUGAACUGCAGAAGAGUGAACUUGGGAAUGAUCUGCAGAUAAAGCAGGAGGGAAUGGAAAAAGUUUUGCAAGAGAAGGAGAAAUUGUUUGAGGAAGAGAAGGAGAGAGAAUUAAAGAACAUUAAUUUCUUAAGAGAUCUAGCUAGAAGGGAAAUGGAGGAAAUGAAAUUUGAAAGACUUAGGAUAGAAAAAGAAAGGCAAGAAAUUGAAGAAAAUAAAAAGCAUCUUCAAGAGCAACAACUUGAAAUGCGAGAUGAUAUCGAUAAGCUUGGUGAUCUUAGCAAGAAACUGAAGGACCACAGAGAACAAUUUGUUAAAGAGAAAGAACGUUUUAUUUUAUUUGUUGAACAGCAUAAGAGUUGCAAGAACUGUGGUGAAAUAACCUCUGAGUUUGUGCUUUCUGAUUUAAUAUCUUCACAAGAAAUUGAAAAAGCAGUGCUCCUUCCCAACCAAGGACUAAUUCAAAGUGCAACAGGAAAUUGUAAUCAAAAUCUGGCUGCUACUGCAGUGCAAGACAAUGAUAUAUCUCCCAGUGCAGGCCGUUCCGCGUCCCCAGUUUCUUGGCUCCGAAAAUGCACGUCAAAGAUAUUUAGUUUCUCCCCAGGUAAUAAGAUGGAGCCUGCUGCUGUACAAAAUUUGACUGCUCCACUUUUGGCAGAGGACAGAGAAGAACCAUCAAAAAGGUUAGAUUUCACUGCACAUGAACCAGAGUUGUCUUUCACGAUUGGAAACGAUUCAUUGGAUGUCCAGAGGAUACAAUCUGAUUCUAGCAUUAGAGAGGCUGAAGCUGUACAGGAUUUCUCUAUUGAUGAUAAGAGCAAUAUUAACAAUGAGGCAAUACAAGUUCCGGAAGGGACUCAGCCUUCUAAUGUGAAGCUUGGCCGCCAAAUUCACAAGAGAGGGAGACCCAGAGUUAGUAGAACACGCUCAAUGAAGGCAGUUGUACAGGAUGCGAAGGCUAUACUUGGGGAGUCCUUGGAGCUUAAUACUGAGACAGAAGAUUCUAGCCAUUUAAAGGCUGAAAGCCGUGGUGAGUCUAAUCUUGCAGAUGAGAAAAUUUCAAGAAAUGCACGGAAACGGAAAAGCACUCGAGCUUCUCAAAAUACAGUUAGUGAACAUGGUGAUGGUGAUGGUGAUGAGAGUGAGGGACAUUCUGAUAGUAUCACAGCUGGCAAGCGCAGGAAGAGGCAACAAAAAGUUGCCAUUGUGCAAACUCCUGGUGAAAAGCGAUACAAUCUUCGACGGCCCAAAAAAGGAGCUAAACCGUUAUCUGACAUUGGUCGUGAAGAUAAGGAAGAAGGCGGUGUUAGGGGUCCAACUUCGACUGGAAUUGCCAGUGAAAAUGGUGGUAAUGCACGUUUUGAGCAGUUGGAGGUGGUCUCAGACACUGAUGCUGAUUCAACCAGAAACUUGGUUGAAUAUGCUGCAUUGAGUGAGGAGGUAAAUGGCACUCCAGACGAGGGUGGGGAGUUUGGUGUUGCAGAGGAGUAUAGGAGUGAAUCUCAUAGAGGAGAUGAAGAUGACGAGGAAGAUGAAGAUGAAGAUGAAUCGGUACAUCCCGGUGAAGCAUCAAUAGGAAAGAAGCUUUGGACUUUCUUCACGACGUAAUGAUGCUGAAUUAUGGGCGGCUAUCUCUUGUGGAUUCUUGAUUGUUUUAAAUUCUUUUAGGAUUGCUGUUAGGAGCUCUUUGAUGUGUAGUAGUGUGUAUUAUCAGAUCAGAUGUAGUUGUGGUGACACUUCAGGUCUUAAUCCAGGUGGAGUGGAGGGAUCUUGUGUUCUCGCCCUCUUUUCUUUGGUUAGUUUUUUAGGAUUUUCGGGGUUAUUUUUGUCUUUUCUUUCUUUCGUUGGUUUUCUAUUUUCUCCUUAAAAAUAUUUUUAGAUGAUUUGAUGUAGCAAUGACCAGUGCAUAUUUAACACUGGAAACAUCUUCCACAUUCCAAUUGUUUGUAUCAAGAUGCCUGUAUUUUACGAUAAUUGACACUUUGAAAAACCCUUUCAUCUUA